CACAGGAGGAGGAGAAUGGAGCUGAAGAGGAAGAAGAAGAAACUGCUGAGGAUGGAGAAGAUGAUGAUGAAGGGGAUGAAGAAGAUGAGGAAGAAGAAGAGGAGGAGGAUGAAGGCCCAGUGCGAAAGAGAACUGCUGAAGAGGAGGAUGAAGCAGAUCCCAAGAGGCAGAAGACAGAAAAUGGGGCGUCGGCAUGAGCCCCUGCCAGUGGGCUUGGGGAUGGGAGGCCCCUCAGGUCCUGGAGGUGGGGCAGGAACACACAAGUCCAGCCCCCCUUCUCCUGGCUCCCCGCUCUGGCCCUGCCCCAGAGCUGUGACCCUCGUCCUUCCACCCAGCCCCAUUUCCAUCUCUCCAGACACUGCUCCUCCACCCUCACUGCCGUCGGUCCAGCUCCUGAUCCGCCUCACCUGAGCUCCCCAGCCGGCCCUCACUUGUCCCCUUGCAUUCCUGGCUCUUCCCUGCCUCCAUCACCAGCCCGUCUGUCCCAGCCCCUUGCAAAGCCUGUCCUUACCCUCUGCACCCGCAGCCUCUCAACCUACCCUUCUCUCCUGCCUGAUCCCUGGGUCUCCCUCAGAUUCCCUCCUCUCAGACAGCGCCAGGCCGGGGUGGGGCCGGGGUUGGGGCCAAGCCCCGAAGCUGCCCCCCUCCCCUUUUUGUAUAAUUUAAUAAAGAAACGGUCGCGCUUCUGUUUUUAA